AUCAUUCACACACUCGCACGCCCAGCCAAGGUUCUCAUUCUAGAUGAAUGUACCUCAGUGCUGGAUGGUGCGAACCAGAUGGCUAUAUUGGAGACAAUACGUGCUGCCAAGGUUGGGAAGACUACUAUCAUGGUGACACAUAAGGCGCCUGUGAUGAAGAUAUGCGAUCGGGUGCUUGUUGUUGAAGAUGGGCAGGUUCAAGCACUUCCAGUCCCGGGCCGGCAUUCAGCCAUCAGAGAACUGGUGGACAGAUUAGCGAUAUAUUUCAUUGAAUGUGUCUUUUUACACAUGGGAUUAAUCGAUUACUACCAGGUCGUUCCGUCUCGAUCUGAUGCGGUUUGCGGCCUCAUUGCAAUACUAUGCAAAAUGGCAAGCCGCCCCCUAUCUGCGAGGCAGCGAGAAUGA